GGAACCAAUUAUACGUGUUUGAUGACUGGAUCAUGGGAUAAAACGCUCAAGUUUUGGGACACGCGAACACCUCAACCGAUGAUGUCCAUUCAAUUGCCGGAACGGUGUUAUUGUGCUGAUGUAGAUUACCCAAUGGCCGUAGUUGGAACUGCCGGUCGACACGUAUUGAUCUAUUCACUGGAAAACAAACCUACUCAAUAUAAGCAACAGGAAAGCCCUCUUAAGUACCAACAUCGUACCGUUUCGAUCUUCCGGGACAAGAAGAAAGUUCCCACUGGGUAUGCGUUGGGUUCAAUCGAAGGACGAGUGGCAAUCCAGUAUGUUAAUCCUAUAAAUCCAAAGGAUAACUUCACCUUCAAAUGUCACCGGUCAAACGGUUCGAACGGCUAUCAGGACAUUUACGCAGUCAACGAUAUAGCUUUCCACCCAAUUCACGGUACCCUUGCGACGGUCGGUUCCGAUGGAACCUUUAGCUUCUGGGACAAAGACGCUAGGACUAAGCUUAAGUCAUCGGACACCAUGGAUCAAUCUAUAACGAAGUGUUGUUUCAACGCGAACGGACAAAUAUUCGCCUACACCGUCGGAUAUGACUGGUCCAAGGGUCACGAGUACAACAAUCUGCAGAAAAAGACCUACAUUUUCUUGCGUUCGUGCUACGAAGAGUUGAAACCACGAGCAACCAACUAAAACUAUGCUCUAGAAUUCAGUCAUCAUUGUUAAAGAUAAAGUAGCAGUGAAUUCCCUAUUUGCUAGCAUUAAACAUUUCCAAAUUA